UUAAUAAUAAUAAUAAUAAUAUAAUGGGCGGAGCAGAAACAACAAACAUACUUGCGGUGCAUUUUUUUCUCCAUCAUCUUAACCCUGCCUAUGGCUGAGUCACUGUGUGCGGGGAGGAUCGUAAACACUUCCAUUACUGUCAAUAUGUAGCAGCUAAAUGCAUUGAAUCUUUUGUGCUCUAUCUUCUUCACGUCGAUAAUGGCUGCAUUUCUUACAAUGCUUGUGUCGGAACCGGAGCCGUGCAAAAGCGCUGUGCUAAUGAUAAGCUAACGCUGUGAAGCUAACGUGCGUUGGGUGCUUCUUUUUUUUUAAGGCUAGCCUUGCUAAUUACCCGGCUAGCUUCAACUUUGCAGCUAGUUAGCAUGUAAGCAUACAAUUAGUCAGACAGAGGAUGAGGACAAUGGCAUUAUUUUAAGAGAGGCGCUACUAGAACGAGGAUACAAAAUGACGACAUGUAAAAGUGCUGAUGCCGCGUCUGCUAUGAAUGGACAAGACUCGGGCAGCAGGCGGAAGAGGAAAAUAGCGGAUAUAACACAGGCCCUGAACGCCAGUCCAGUGGACGUAGCUGCUUUAAGGAGGAUGGCUAUAAGUGAAGGGGGGCUGCUGACAGAUGAGAUCCGCUGUCAAGUGUGGCCUCGUCUGCUUAACGUUCCUGCCCAAGUCCUGGAUCAGGAGCCAGAGACGGUGGAGCGGGAAAAUAACAAAGAUUACAACCAGGUCCUGCUGGAUGUCCAACGUUCCCUAAGGAGAUUCCCACCUGGGAUGCCAGAUGAGCAGCGGGAAGGUCUUCAGGAAGAACUCAUCGACAUCAUCCUCAGAGUUCUGAAACGUAAUCCUCAACUGCACUACUACCAGGGAUACCAUGAUAUCGUUGUCACUUUUUUAUUAGUCCUGGGAGAGCGCAUCGCAACUCCUCUGGUAGAGAAGCUCUCCACACAUCACCUCAGGGACUUCAUGGAUCCUACAAUGGACAACACCAAACAUAUUCUCAACUAUUUGAUGCCAAUCAUUGAGAGAGUCAACCCCGAGGUCCAUGAUUUCAUGCAACAGGCUGAAGUGGGCACAGUCUUUGCUCUCAGCUGGCUGAUCACCUGGUUUGGCCACGUCCUGUCAGAUUUCCGUCACGUCGUCCGGUUGUAUGACUUUUUCCUGGCCUGCCAUCCCCUCAUGGCCAUUUACUUUGCUGCUGUGAUUGUACUGUACAGACAGGAGGAGGUGCUGGAGUGUGAAUGUGACAUGGCCAUGGUCCAUCACCUGCUGUCUCAGAUUCCCCAGGAUCUGCCGUAUGAAACGCUCAUCAGCCGAGCAGGAGACCUUUUUGUUCAGUUUCCUCCGUCUGAACUGGCUAAAGAAGCCUCCUCACACGACAGCAUGGCAACCUCUACAUUUAAGGACUUUGAUCUUGCGUCCACUCAGCAGCGACCAGACUCAGUUCUGCGCCGCCGGCGCAGGCAAAGACAGACAGCACUGGAAAACGCAGCAGUCAACUCGGCCGUAACAGUGGCCCGACCUUCUGCAACCCGACGCUUCGUUCGACUGGCCGUGAUGGGUCUGACUGUGGCUCUGGGGGCAGCGGCUCUGGCUGUGGUCAACUCAGCUCUGGAGUGGGCCCCAAAACUGGACCUAUUUCCUUGAAUAGCUUUGCUUGACUGUCACUGCUAGUGAACGGGCCUCUCUCUCUCUCUAAGAACUUCUUAAUGCAUCAGACCAGAGACUUGGAGUCUGGCACUAAAUCUGCUGCUGUUCUGCUAAAGAAGAGAAAUCCAUUCAGUUAUAAUGAAGUGACUGUAUUUUUAGCCAAUAUUAUAAGGUAAAGUUUGUUUAUAUUUGGUAUUAGUAUAACCUGAUAUAAACGUAUGCUCACACAGGGUCAGGGUAAAGGCUUGUUGGACUCACUACACUUGAAACUGCUGCCAACGAAGAGAGCCGUUGACUGUUUGUGUGUGUGUGUUUGUUGACACCCAGUGUAUUACAUCUUCAAUACCAAGACUGAGACCAAAUGGAGGGUGGGUGAAAUCCUCUCUUUGUAUUUUUUCUGUAUUUGUAGGUAUCUGUCAGUAUCUGAACACACAGAUGUGACCAUGUCACUCAGGCACUUUUUUUUUAGGUUCAACAUUUUAUUGCUUUUUUUUGGAUCCCUCGCCUCUGCCUUUAUAUUUCAGUUUUGUUCAUAUUUUUUUUGGACUCAACAUUUCUGGUGUCAGUGGUAAUCAUAGUACAAAUGUAAAUAAAAGAUAACUGUUAGGAUUAGGACACUAAGGUUUAAAAGUUACACUUCAGUAAAGUAAGUUUGAACGUUUUCACAGUGGGUGAAGUUGCUUCUAAUCAUGGGUGUAGUUUUCUUACAUUAGUUCAAAGGUAUAGUUCAGUUAAACUUUUAUUUUCAGCUAAUUGUUAGUUACAUUCAAAUUUUAAAAUGCUAAGCAGAUGCUAUUUGAAAUAAGUUUUUCUACAAUCUGGUUUACACACAUGCUCAGAGUUGAACAGAAGUGUAGUCACCGGAAUUGGACAUUGAAAAGAAAAUGCAUUGUGAAGAGGCGUAUUUUUCCUCUAAUAGAAAAUAAAAAACGAACACAGUGAAGCCCGGUUGUAUUUAACUGCUGAUUGAGCGGGCAGGAGACCUGCAAACGAAAGAUCAAAAUGGAGAUGACCACAAACUCGACCUUCAGGGUGUGUUUGAGAAGAGCUGAUCGGCGUCACUGUAACCUCACUGUGCACUCUGGGUUUUCGUUCAUUUUUAAUUGCACUAACUAAUUUAUCUGCUUUUAUGUUUAUAUUUGUGAUAAUGAAUCUCAUACUAAUGUAAAGUGGUUCCAGAGAAUAAACUUUAGUAGAAAUUGUUAUUCAUCUGGUGA